AUGGAUGCAGAUUUUGAAAGAGUCCAAAAAGAGCGACUCCCCACUUUGUAUGAAGUACUAAUACAGAAAACCGUAGUUCCUGUUGAUUUAUGGUCCUUUUAUACAUAUCUCUCACAAUUCCCAUUUGCAAUAAACUAUCUAGAUUUCUGGAUUGAUUUGAUGGCUCACAUACGGCUUUGUAAAGAUUAUGUUAGGCUUGUACGAGAGUCGGUAUUGAUUGCACGAGGUGCUUCUGAUACACAAAAUGAAAAAAUAGGACAACUGAAUAAUGGUGACCAGAUAGCAGAUGAUAACUCCGAUAAUAGUAAUAGCGAAGAGGAUGAUGACAACAGAUCGGUAACAACUUCUGUAUUGUUGGGCGCAUUAUUAGAAGAUGGAAGAAUAGAUUUAGAAAACCAACAAGGUUUGAACGAUUUUAUUCAAGGCGAUGCACAUAAUAAUAAUAAUAAUAAUAAUAAUAAUAAUAAUAAUACAAACAAUGAUUACUCGCCGAAAAUUGCGGAUCUUAUAGAAGGUUGGAAAAGACACUCUGACACACAUAACGAAGCACUCAAUAUUGAUAACCCUAAUCUUGCUGUUUUAAUGGACGAAGUGCUUAAGAAGCAUCCAGAGGGACUACCACUCCCACACAUUACUGCGGAUGAAUUGCGUUCGAACGCUGAGCAUAUCUGUAACACAUAUUUAUUAUCUCCUAAUGAGAGUCAACGUUAUCUGAGUAAUAUACCAGAUGAUCUAAGGAUUGGUAUUGUUAGAGAAGUAAUGGAAGAUAAAAAAUUUACACCAGAAACUUUCGACCAAUUAAAGACGUUAACAUACCAAUUCUUAGAGGUGGAUUGUUUUCCGAAAUUUCUAAGUAGAGUGGCAUUGCAUAAUAUUCAUGAUGAGGUAUCCGAUUGGAGAUUUCAUCAGGAUAAUGAUGAAACAAAUAAUACAAACCAAUCAAGAACGAUACAGCGAACGAAUAAGAAAAACAAUAUCAAUUCUAUAAGGUAUCAGGGAUCAAGGUCCCCGUUCUCUAACUAUACGUCCUUAAGUAGGACGAUAUUUGGUAUGGUAUGGUUGGGAAUAGGCUUUUGGAUAGGGUAUGUUUUAAUAUUUCUAAAAUAUAGCAGAGCUAUCAGAGUCACUACUGUAGUACCUUUUGCCAUUGGGUGUUAUAUGAUCAUAUGCGGUAUGUAUGAAGUUGAUAUUAUCUAUUCAUGGUUUGGGAUCACACAAAGGUUGAUGUUCAAAGACAACGAUUUCGAUAAUCUUAAUGUCAAGAAAGGUGAUGAUACUUCUCAGGAAGGGGUGGACAUAGAACAAGGAAGAAUGCAUGGUUUUAAAAACAUUCCCUUCAUUUUUGCAUUAUUGGGUGGAAGAAGUAGACUAUUAAAGGUAGAACAUCCAUUUAUCAAGGCUCUCCUUUUUAAAAGAGGAUUAUGGUGCUGUAUGUUGGUCUUUAUCUCUACAGCAUGUUUUACAAUCAUAUUCAGUUGCGUUCCGGGAUAUAGAAUAUAA